AUGGGCUCGCCGGCUUCUGAGCUAAAAGAGACUGUUUCGUCUCCCGAGACGGCCGACGAGCGCGCCGCCGCCGACGGUGCCCCACCCCGGCCCCACCCCGGCCACGCCGGCCGCGCCCAACGGCUUCAGAUUCUAAGCACCUUCAUCGUCUUUAUGAACACCUGGGGCUUUCUCCUCACAUCCGGUGCCUUUCAAGCAUACUACGAGCUGACCCUGAUUCGCGACCAGUCCAGCUCCAACAUUUCGUGGAUCUCAACAACAUGCGCCUUUCUCGUCUUGUCUGCCGGUCUCGUGACUGGUCCUCUAUAUGACCGUGGAUGGUACAGGACGCUGCUGCUGUUUGGCAGCCUGCUGCAAGUCUUUGGCCUCAUGAUGCUGAGCAUUUCGACAAAGUACUACGAGCUGUUCCUCUGCCAGGCCAUUUGCGUAGGCCUUGGCGCCGGCAUCGUCUUCACGCCGAGCGUGUCGGCUGCAGCUGCGUGCUUGCCGAACCCCGCGACGCGUGCCAAAGCCAUGGGCCUCAUGGCCUGUGGCAGCUGCAUAGGAGGCAUCGUCUUUCCCAUCAUGUUCCGCGCCCUCGUGCCGCAGAUUGGCUUCCCCUGGACGAUCCGCUGCAUCGGGUUCCUCGUGCUUGCCUUGUAUCUGCUGUCCUAUCUGGUAUUACUGGAAGGCUGGAACAAGAAGCCCGCCGCGCGCAUGGUCCGCCGCUUCUUUGACACGUCGGCCCUCACCGACUUGCCAUUUAUGAUGCUCUCCGUCGGAGGGCUGCUCAGCGCUACGGCGUUUUACCUCCCCCUUCUGUACUUGCCGCUCUUUACAAAGGUCCGCAUCGCCAACAUCAGCCCGGGUUUAGCUCUAGAUCUCCUGGCUAUACUGAACGGGGCGUCUGUGGUUGGACGCCUCCUAGCAGGCCUUGCUGCCGCCGUCUUUGGACCCACCGAGACAAUUGGCGUCUCUCUGGUGGCGGGCUCGACCAUGCUGUUUUGCUGGAUGGCCGUCGACACCGUCGCCGGCACCAUAGUCUGGGCCGUCUUUUGGGGCAUGGUGUCGGGCAUUCUCGUGACGCUGCCGGGGGCCUUAUUACCCUUGUUCUGCCCAUCCAUGGCCGUCAUUGGCACCCGCUCGGGCAUGUACUGGAGCUGGGUCGGGUUGGGGAUGCUGAUAGGGAGCCCGAUUGGGGGCGCCAUUUACGAUUUGAGAUCAGCCGGCGCGGAUUACUGGCAUCUACAAGUAUUUGCUGGCGUCUUUAUGAUGGGCGCCGCGCUUCUCACUGUUUAUCCCAUUCUGUACCUCCGGCGCAAGACACGGGCCUCGAGCGAGUAA